GCGCGUUUCAGUCUCUGCAGCACGAGGGGUUUGGUUGAGAAGCGUGGUGACGGUGUAAAAGUAAACAAAUAUUUCUCGUAAAGCCGGGUCAGUCUCGUCUUUCACGAAAACGUGAAAGCAGGUAUCACGUGUUUAGCGAGGCAUUCCCGCCAUGGUGACCGUGCGGCGUUUGUUGGGCCUGAACGCUGAAGCAGGCUCUGAGGACAUUCGCGCAUUCUUUCAUGGCCUACACAUUCCUGAAGGCGGCGUGCAUAUCAUUGGAGGCAGGAGAGGGGAAGCCUUUAUCAUCUUUACCACAGAGAAGGAUGGCCAGCUGGCUAUGGAACGUAAUGGAGAACUACUUAAAGGAUCAUCGAUCACCCUUCAUGUUAGCAGCUUAGCAGAGUUUAAGCGUAAAAUUGAGUCACGAUUAAGGAAACAAAAACGCUCAGUUGUGGAAAAGAAGGCUGCACAGAUGGAAAGGAAGAAGCCAGAUGUGAAAAAGGUUGUUGAAAAGGCAGACCUGCAGGUAGCAGCAUUGCCAGAAUUGGGGACUGCUCUAUUGCUGGGAAUAAUGGCUGCCUUUCAAGGAAUUCAGUCGAACAACCAAGAAAGCCAAAGCCAGUCGCUGCCAGCUAGCACCCAUCAGCUACCAGCGUCACCCAGGCCACAUCAGUCUGGAAACCAAAUGAUUCAAGGAAUGGACCAAACACACCAUAUUAACAAAGGAAAGGAAAGCAUUGCACAACCGAUGAGAGUACAUACUUUAGAGCAUGAGAGCAGUAGUAGAGAGAUCAAGGCUCAUGAGCCAGGUUAUCUUCGUCUUUAUGGACUUCCUAAUCAUGUGACCAAAACUGAGGUGGGCCGGGUCCUUGAGGGUCUGUCUGUACUGGAGGUUAUACCCAGUGUUUUUCUAGGCCGGGACUAUUGCUGCCUAGUGAAGGUGGCUAGUUUGGAAGAGGCUGAGGAGGGCCUGAAGUACAGCCACAGGACCCUGGAGGAUUCCUUUGUGGAGAUCAGGAUGGCACAUGAGAGGAUGUGGACAUACGCAACGGAGCUGUAUGAAUGUGGCCAGUGUUCCACAUCCUCAGAACCAGACAGAAUCUCUCCUGAUGGACAUUUGUUUCAGACCUCCCUGUACAAAAAAGUGUCAGAAGACCGGUCACUAUCAGGAUCUCCAAAGCGAUACCGUUUUGACUCCCCCCCCCCGACUACAGAGUACUGUGUAAUGGUAAAGAACCUUUCUUCCAAGACUACUAAAACUGAGAUAAAGGAGCUGUUUUCUUGUUUUCACCUUCCAAACAACAAGAUCAUCCAUCUGCUAAACAAGUGGGGAGAACGAACAUCUACUGCUUUCAUCAUAUUUACACAUGCAGAAGAUUAUGCUUCAGCUAUGAACAUGGACGGUAGCCCUAAUGGCUCAAAAACGCUUGUUGUGUCAUCUAUCACUAUGGAUAAAAUGAGAGAGUUAAUGUACAAGGAAAGACAUAAAGAAACAAAGAGAUCAUAUUUUCCAGAGAAAGAUUGGACUGCUCCGUCUUGUAUUUAUGCACGAAACUUCCCAGCUGACGUGAGAAAAAUUGAAGUGAAGGACUUUUUCUGUUUAUACCGCAUCAGUGAGGAUGACAUUACGCUGCUUAAGGAUGGCAAUGGGAAUGGCACUGGGGAAGCACUCAUUGAGUUUAAUUGUGAACAGGCUGCCAAAGAAGCUCACAGUCUACAUGGGGAUGUCUUCUUGGGACAAAAAAUAUUGCUUACCUGCAUUUCACCACAGCAGAUGAGGAGUAUCCUGCAGGAAACACAUUGAACCAAGAUCCUGAAGAACCUUUCAUGUUACAUCAUUUUUUUUGGAGGAGGGCAGCCAAAAUUUUGCUUGUCUCAACAGUGAGUUGUACAUAUGACUUAUACAUACAGCAUAUACAUACAGUGGACUCUACUUGGAUUACUCUGCAUCUGUUCAAAUGAGAAUAUACAAAAGAAAUGUAAUCUUACAUGGGAAAUACAGAAUCUAUCCCAGAAUUGUUAGAAAGAAAAAAAAAUGCAGUGAUGACCAGCGUGAUGAUUUCAGAUCGAAUUACUCUACAACUUUCCUUUUUUUUUUCUUUUCAGAAGUUAUUUUAUAACUUUGAGUGUUAAUAGUUGUACAUUUGUUUAAUGAAAUAAACAUUCCUUGUAUGCCACUA